AUGGCAAGGCCCCCAACGCCACCUCCCCUGCAACAACGCAGAUAUCUGGCUGGCCGUGCAACCCGUCGCAACUACCGGCGUGGAGAUGAAGAGCACGACCAGAAACAGCAAUGCCAAAAGUCGAGCGUUUCCGGGCGACAGGGAGGUGGACAGCAUGUAUGCGCAGAGGCGCGCUCAGUGGUCGACCGCGUCCUAGAAGCGAGCCAACGGGACCCAGAUUCGCUCUGUGGGAGUUCCUUCUGGGCGUCGCAGCGAGAAGAAGUGAUGAGCAGUGUGAAGGAGGGGAAGCUCUCUCUGGCCACGGCCGCAGUGCUGGUGGCUGCCUUUUCUAAAGCAGGCGAACUGACCGGGCCCCUCGCGACAGCAGUUGCAAAACGGUUGUGCACUGGUUUCAGAGCUGCGGCUCGAGGAGGUGUCAGCCCUCUUCUCUUAAGGGAGGAAUGCGUUCCUCUUGAGGAGGGAUUGGCAAAAGGGACAGGAGAAACAGACUUCCGAGUUCAUUUUUCUGACGGCGCGACGGUCCUGCUCGCCAUGAAAGAAGCAGGCCUCCUGCAAGACCCUUGUGCUGGUGUUGCUGCUCGAGACCUACAAGAAGCGUUGCUGCUGUGUGUGCAGCCUCAGUGGAACUGUAUGACAUUCAUGCAGUUGCGCCGUCUGUUUUUGCUCCUGGGGGCCACUGCGGAGCCUUUAGGGCUCGACAUGGCAACCGCACGAGAGCUGCUGACAGCAGCAAAGCGGCACCUCAGGAAAAUGCAGAAGUCGUCAGGUCGGCUCUUCGAGGAAGGCGACGCCCGCGACACCAUUGUGUUGGUCUGGCCUCUGGCCACCAUUUCUGCAGCCUUGGGAAUUCCGGCGCCGCAAAUCAGCAGCAGCUUUGACGCUAGCCUAAGCUCGCUUGCGUGCAGCAGCUGCAGCAAUGAAGAUAUGAAAAUGCUGCAAAGAGACAGAGAUAUUGUGCUGCAGCUCGUUAGAACGCAGGUCUAUCGUGCUGUAUCCUCGCGGUUGCCAUGCACUCCUUUCGACCUUGCACUCGGCUUUGCUGGCUUGCAGCGACUGGGGCAGCAAAAGUGCGCCGAAUAUGUUUUGGCAGCUUUCUCUGCAGCAGCUGCUGCUGCGAGUUGCGAGGAGCUCUGUCGUCUAGGCCGAGACAUUCUGUUGGCCGGUGCUCACCAGAAGGCUCUGUGGGAGGCUUUCGCCGAUGCAAUACAGACGGUUGCUGAACAGCGGCAGCAAACACUGCCGUGUACACAGCAUAGCAACUGUUCUCACGAAAUCGAAGCUGCGCUGUCUCAGUGGCUGCGAUUUUGUGGUCGGACUAUCAAAGCACAUCAAACCUGA